CCACCUGGCGGUGAUGGAUGCCCUGAUGUCGUUGGGUGCCAUGGAGAUGGUGAGCGCAGUGAGGAAGUCCGGUGCGGGGGAGGAGCUUCUGGGCGGAGUGGGAGGAGCCAGCUGGGAGAACACCCUGCUCCACUGGGUGAACGGGUUGAAUCGGAGGCUGAGAGAGAAAACAGAGUGGUGUGACCCAUCUCAGGACAGCACAGAGCCACAGCCUGUUCCGCCUUUAAUCCGCUACAGAAAGGAUAAGACGCUGUCUAAACAGAAGCCUACGUUUCCGGUGGUGACUGAAGUCAAAAACCUCUCCAACGGUUGUGCCAUCGCUGCUAUUGUACACUACUACUGCCCCGGCCUGUUGCGACUAGAAGAUGUGUGUAUGAAGGAGUCCAUGGCGGUGGCAGACAGCCUGUACAACCUGCAGCUGAUCCGAGAGUUCUGUGACAGCUGUCUGAAGAGCUGCUGCCCCCUGGUGUUGGAGGACCUGCUCUACACCCCACAGGAGCUCCAGGUCAACGUGAUGAGUUUCCUAGCAGAGCUACUGGGUUGGUUUGAGGUACGGAGGCCAGAGUUUGUUCAGCCACUGAACACCACUGAUGCUUCUGCACUGCUCAAGCCAACCAGUUUGAGCAAUAACAGCAGCUCUCCUUCCAUCUUCAAGAAGCCAUUCCUGCCCAUCUCCUCACCAGUGUCGCCAGGGCCUGCGCCAGUUGAGACCAGGGCAACGCCAUCCCAUCAUUUAGGAUCUCUGACUCAGUCUGCCUCCAUGUCUCAUGUAGAGGGAGCUGGGAGAACAUGGACCAAGAAGCCUUUCAGUCAUCCCCUGUCCUCAGCCGUGUCAUUUAGCAUUCCCUUCAGCCUGGACAGCGACGUGGACGUCGUGAUGGGCGGAGCCAUCACCUGCUCGGUCAGCUCUGACAACGUGGCCCCCAGCCAGACUGUGACCCGCGUGCCCUACACUCCCCCAGAGGACCUUAGCCAUCUGCUCGACAAGCCCCCAGCCACCCCGGGCUCCCACAGAGGCUCCUGGGCCACCCAGAGCUCCUCUGUGGUGCCCAUGCUGCUGAAGAAGAACUGCCUGGGAGACUGGGAUGGGGAGCUGCCCACCAUCGAGGAGGCCCUGCAGAUCAUCCACAACGAGGGCAAGAUGGAGCCCCGGCUCCACCCCGACGGGGCGGUCGACGGAUUCUUCCUGCACUCGCCCGAUGACCCGGCCAGCACCAGACACAACGGCCACGCCACUCACCCCUCCCACCCGCCUAACCCUAUACCCCUCAGCUGCUCCGCCCCGUCCCGCUCUGGGAUGAUGUACCACCCCCACCUCCCCAUGGGGGGCAAGACGCAGGCACCCAGGGAGCAGCCCUCCUCCUCCCAUACCCGACACACCUCGGAGGGCUCGCGAGACGACGACUCGUUGCUGAGGGACGGGAGCAUGGGCUCUGACGCCUCUGAGGACCUCCUUCUUCUCCCCAAUGCCCAGUCCAUGCCUGCUGUCCACACCAGAGGCCACGGAGGGGACGACGACGCGCCGGACAGUGGCGUGAGGAUGACCAGCUUUGCUGAGUUCAAGAAGAAACCGUCGACAGUGGGCGAAUCACCUAAAAGCGGCGGCGCCAGCAGCAGUGAACCCGUCGCCCCGGCAGCAACGGCUCCGAUGACAAGCUGGGUGGCCCAGCCCCAGAAGUCGACAGAGGAAAGCCCCAGUAAGCGCCCUGGACUGACCACCGAGAUGUCAGAGCUGGGAGCCCGGCUGGAGGAGAAGAGGAAGGCCAUCGAGGCCCAGAAGAAACGUAUUGAGGCCAUCUUUGCCAAGCACCGCCAGAGACUGGGCAAGAGCGCCUUCCUGCAGUUGAAGAAGGAGCACAGAGAGGGGGAGAGAGAGGAGGAGCAGGGCGGUCAAGUCAGCGCCUUCUCCACAGAGGAGGACCUCAGGGGGCUAACGCUAGAGGAAACGCUGGCUCGCGUGGAGGACGAGGAGCAGCAGGAGGGGAACGUCAAACCUUCAUCACACCUGGACAAGCAGGCCUCCUUACCCAGAAGGGAGAAGGGUGCAGGGGUGGCAGGGCCAGGAGGAGAGCAGGUCGGGGUGGCAGGGCAUCAGCCAGCGCCCUUGGGGGAUUACAACAACGCCGUAUCAAAGCUGAACGCGGCACUAAGCUCCCUGCAGAGCGACAUGCAGCGCCUCUCCGAACAACAGGACCAACUCAUCAGGAAGAAGCCCGUCGCUCCCAACAGCAACAAGUCCUGGGUGAUCCUGCCCAGUCUCAAAUCCUCGGCCCCUCCCUCGACCCGCAUGUCCCGCGCGUCCACCCCCCGUGACCUCGCCUCUGCCUCCUCUUCCCCCUCGUCAUCCCGCCGCAACGCCGCCAGUCCCACCAGAACAUGCAAUUCGCCCCAGGUCCAGCGCCGGGCCAAGUCGGUGCCUCCCAAGAGCCCCAAGCACCAGGCCACCCACUACCACCACGUCCGCCCCCAGGACCUCAAGGUGCAGGGCCUGUCGCGCGUGCUCACCCCCCCGAAGAAUGUGGACACUAUCCCCCACCUGCGCCGCGCCUCCCCCUGGCAGUGCCGGGACCAGAACUCUUCCACCUCGGGGAGAAAGGAGCGUGUGGGUUGUGGGAGCUCUGGGGCGCCCUCAGAGUGCUCGAUUGAGAGUGAUGUUCUGGCGGUGGGUUUUUUUAAUGGCAAGCGCAGCAGCCUGAUCGAGAUUUCUCUAUCAGCCUUGCGUGGGGACGAGGAUGACCUGAGUGUCAUGGAUGACUCCAUGAGCGACGUGACCGAACCUGAGAUGAAGGGAGGGGUCGGCUUCUUCUUUAAGGAUGGAAGGGUGCGGCCGGAGGACGAAAUGGCCCAGAGGAAAGCAGCCCUGAUGGAGAAACAGCAGAAGAGGGCGGAGGAGAUGAAGAGACGCAGACUCGAGCAGGAGGAGAAGAGCGAGAAAGAGUAUGCAAUCCGACCUGAGUGGUUUAACAUCGAGGGAUGUGGAGACAAGAGUGGUGGUGGCGGAGGUGAGGACAAGCCCCGGACCCCCUGUACCCACUCUUCAGAUAGCACGACCCAGCGGAGAGACACCUUUACCAGGCAGGAGUACGAGCGGAGGCAGCAGCUGAAGAUCAUGGAGGAUCUGGACAAGGUGUUGCAGCAGAAGCCUACCACGGUGCGUGGCGUGAAGAAGCAGAGACCCAAGACCAUGUUCCGGGAUGACUCAGUGCUUUUCCGCUGCCCCACCAAGGGAUUAAUGGGCUCCAAACUCAACAAGGUCUAUUCCCACUCUACCAUGAACCUGUCCUCAAUUGCUAACGACACUGGCAAUAGCGGGACACUGGCCGUCAGGAAAUCUCCCAGCCGAUCUCACUCCCCCUCAAGGCUGAUGUCACCAGGACGAAUGGCCAAUCAGAACGGAGAGAAGGACUGGGAGAACGCCUCCACGGCCUCGUCUCCUACCUCCAUUCCAGAAUACACCGGGCCCAAGCUGUACAAGGAGCCCAGCUUCAGGUCCAACAAGUUCAUCAUCCACAACGCCAUCUCCCGCUGCUGCCUUGCCGGCAAGGUCAACGAACUGCAGAAAAACAAGAUUGUAGAGGAGAUGGAGAAGUGCCAGGCCAACCACUUCCUCAUCCUCUUCCGUGACUCCAGCUGUCAGUUCCGGGCCGUCUACACCAUGAACCCAGAGACCGAGGAGAUGAUGCGCCUGACGGGCAUCGGGCCUCGUGUCAUCAGCCCUGCCAUGGUGGAGUCCAUAUACAAGUAUAGUUCGGACCGCAAACAGUUCACCACCAUCCCAUCCAAGACCAUGUCCAUGAGCGUCGAUGCCUUCACCAUUACUGGGCACCUGUGGCAGAGCAAGCGCCCAGGGACCCCCAAGAAGCUGGGAAACCCCAAAUAAUAAUGAGAACAUCUCAAAGAUGGAGGUGGUGAUGGGCGGAGGGAGGAAGGAGGUGGACAUAUCUAAAGCAGGGGCCCCUCUUCCCCCAGUCAACCCCCUCCUUUAUCUUAUAUUGGUUUGGUCCAGUGUUGGCUGUUGAUUUGGAGACUGCUUUAGCUCAGUAGGCUGGUCAGUUAGACCACCAGAGGGAUCUGAAAGGAAUAAAUGACACUGGUGCCUACACCUGUCCAACCAGAUGGUCUCUGUCCCUUUAAGACCAUCCUCGGUUGUAUUCACUGGGAAGAAAACGGACCAAAACAGGGAGGGACUACCUGAAUGUGUCCAAUAAGAAAAGCUUGUUUUUCGUUGCAAAAUGAUUUGCUACGGUGUGCACUAAUGAAUAUGACCCUUAUCAGCUCUGUGCAUGGGGGACAUUGGUACAUGUCAUGUGACAAGGGGGCAAGCUAAUCACUACUACUAAAGCCAUUCAUAGGGCUCUGUCUGUCACACACUACACCCCGUAGGUGCCUCUGAUUGCCCCCCCCCCAGCCUGAUCUACCUAGAUUGUAAAAUAAUAAUAAUAAUGUUGUGAUAGGACUGGAAUGAACAAGCCUUCUUCCCACUGUACUGGGCCUAUCACCCCCAGGGUCUGGCUCCCCCAGCCUCCUACUGCCUUCCCUCUCCCCCCUGACCCUACUGCCUUCCCUUCUCCCCCCUGACCCUACCUGCCUUCCCACUGUACUGGGCCUAGAGAGAACAUCUCACACACUGCCGCAGCUCUCUGAACAGAACAUGGGGGGGGAACAGACCUGCAAUCUCCCUCUAUUUCUCUCUCUCUUCUCUUUCUUUCAUCUGACCUUUCUUCUUUAAUUCCAGGACUCUUUCUCCUCCCGUCUGCUGCUUCUCCAUGCAGACGGGACAGAAGAACCCAAGCUGAAAAAAAUCAGACUUAGCAAUCUGUUCUCUCAUGAAUGUAGGGCGCACCCGAACCACUCUGCUCCCCCAGUUUUCAUUCGCCAGGCAAGGACUGGGAGGGACUGUAUUGGGCGGGUCCACUGAGGGCUCUAGCACUCUUGACUGGCUGCCUUGCCUGUCAGUCAGAGCGGUAUGAAGGGCUCCGCCCAUCUCCAACUCUACUUCAGCUGUAGACAUCUGGAUGUUUUUUUUACACCACUACUUUUGACAUGUGCUGAGUGAAUCUCUUGAGCAGAAAUGAGAACUCAACUCUUAAAAAAAAAAAAAAAACUUGCUUUAUUUCCUAUUUCAGUACGACAGGAGGAAUGAAAAUAGCGUAAUAUUUUUGUACAUGAUUAUCUUGAUUAAUAAUAUUGGAAAAAAUGAAGGACUUUAUACUCUGUUUAGCAUUACCCUGGAUUCACAUUGUGUGGAGAGAAAAAAAGAACUAUGAAUAAGCUAGCCUGCUGCUUUACCAUUAGCGAGGUGUGUGUGUGUUUGAGAGAAGAGCGUGCAAGUGAGUGAAAGAACGAGCGAAUGAGUAGAAAAACUGUCUUAACAGAGACUUAGAGGAACAGAGACUUAGAGGACUAUCCACAAUCUGAGAAAAAACCGAGAAGGACAAAAAUGAACAAGACGUGUCAUUUGAGAUCACAUACAUAUUCAUGUGAAUGAAAGAUAAUCAGGACUCAGCCCUAAUUUGGUCCCUGCAGGGUAUGGUGUAAUAGUAUAUGCAGUUUUGGGUAAGCCUAGACCCCAUAGGGGACACAUGGUGUUUCUGGUGUAACCUGUAGGCUCAAGUGGGUUCUGACCUCCUCUUGGCUUCAUUUAGCACUACAUCAGCUGAUGUAGGUCAGCUGUCAUCUCUCCUGUCUUGUUAUACAUCACAAACUGCCUCCAACAACAACAAAAUGUUUCUGUCGUUUUGACUGAAUUUCAAAUGGAGAUCUGAGAUUUUUAUUGUCUCUCUAAAUCAGCAUUUAUUAAAUGAAAGCGUGACAAUGGGUUUGUAUGUUCGGUGUAUAUUGCAAGGAUUGUGUGACUGUUGGUUUAAUGUGUAUAUCUGUUUGUAAAGAAGAGUACGUAUGUGAUAGUCGAACUAUAACUGGAUUCUGUGCAAUUCUCCUGUAGACAGACAAGUCAUGUAACUCCAAGCUGUGUUUAUUGGGUAAGGAUUGUUUUAGUUUCAAGAUUGUAUAAUUUUUUUUCCAUUAAGGUGGUGAUUCACGUUCAUUUCAUAGAAGUCAUGUCCUGUAUGUUGUCUUUUUAUUUUACUCUGUCACCACCGUGUCAAUGUGGGCGGAGUAUUUGUGUUCCUCUCAAAUUGUUCUUGAUUACAGAUCUAUCCCAGGUAACUGGACCAGGCUAAUACAAUCCUUUUAAAAAUCACCAUUA